CUCUCUCUCUCGCGCUCUUUUACCGGGCAAGUCCUUUACUUGGUAACUGGGUGAUAAUGGACAGCUGUUAAUGAGACAUGGCCGGUCACGGGAAUUACGAAGCUGACCGAUGCAUGGAGCAGCGUGAAGUAAUGUGUACCAAGUCUCGAGUCAAACACCACAUAAGAGGAAUUAGAGCGCUUUUAUUCAACUUUCUUUACACAAACUCCGGAGAAGUUUAGGAGACGAAUUUACCCGUGGAACUUUGUGGAUUUUUAAAGGUUAGGUGUUAAGUCUUUUGGGGCUUCAGUUAUGGCUCUGUCCCAGUUACAGUGCCUGGACGAUAACCACGUGAACCCGCGGACGCAUGAGUCCAAACCGGAGUUCUUCUACUGCGAAGACCAGCGGCUAGCGUUGGAGGCUCUCCUCCGGGGUGGUCGCGAGGCUUUCGCCAAAUACCUGGAGGCUCGCGGCCUGCGGGGCUUCCUCUCAGACCCGGAGCAGGACAUUUUGGCCGAUGCAGUGGAGCCCUAUGACCCGGGCUUGGAGCUCUUCCGGGAGGGUGCCGAGGAGAACGACCCCCCGCUGUCACUGCACUACUGGCCGGACUUGUCUGACACCUCCAUCCCACAGCUGGACCUGGGGUGGCCGGACAGCGAUGCUUACCGGGGGGUGACACGCGCUACCGUGUACGCGCAGCCACCCCUAGAUGGUCAGGCUCACAUUAAAGAGGUUGUCAGAAAAAUGAUUGCGCAGGCGCAAAAGGUGAUUGCAGUGGUGAUGGAUGUCUUCACUGAUGUUGACAUCUUCAGAGAUCUCUUAGAUGCUGGUUUUAAGAGGAAGGUUUCUGUCUACAUCCUGUUGGAAGGUACAAUGCUACCUCACUUCCUGUCUAUGUGUCAGAGGGCCAACAUGCACGCCGGACACCUCAAGAACCUUCGUGUACGCUGCUCAGACGGAGCAGAGUUCUACACUCGAUCCUGCACUAAGGUCAAAGGGCGAAUGGGACACAGAUUCAUGUUCAUCGACGGAGACAAAGCUGUGUCUGGCUCAUACAGUUUCACCUGGAUGUCAUCACGGUUGGACAGAAAUCUUAUCACUGUGGUUACAGGCCAGGCGGUGGAAACCUUUGACCGACUGUUUUGCUUCCUUUACACAAGCUCCAGCUCUGUUGACCUCCGGCAGGUUGCCACAGAGCCUGAACCUGAACCAGAGCCUGUCCCUCAGCUAGCCACUGUUGCCCCUCCUUCUGCUGAGAUUGCUCGAAAACUGUACAGUCCCAUGUAUGCCCUUAUUUCUGCAGGCACCUCCAGCUCAACCCCUGCCCCCUCUGCUAGUGACAACAACCCUAAGGAGUCCCAAGAAACCAAGAAGAAGGGACAGAGGAGGGCUCAUAAAGAAGCCAUACAGGAAGCUCCUCCCCUCCAUCCUGGACUUACCAAUCUUGAGAAGGCAUGUUUGAUCUCAUAUGUGCCAACCUGGCCAGAGCCAGACCCCCCCAGUGAUGUAAUUGGGUUCAUUAACGUUCGGGAUACCAGCAAACCAAUUCAAGUUGGCCUGCAGCGCUCACAGAUGUUUGAAACCAGUCAAGCAAUCAGGUUUAGCAGUCCACUCAGUUUGCCCAAGGAAACCCUGCCAGGGGUCGCAAAGCCGAGGCAGUCCACAGGUAGACACGAGGAGAUGAAUAAAUCCCAGCCAACACAAGAAUCAAACAAAGUUGAAGAGCCUGUAGUUAACAGACCACAGCCAACACAACUCAAUGUAGGACUCAAUGUAGACAUCCAAACUAAAGCAGAGGAAUCUGAACAAAAAUCUACUACAUCUGGACCUGUCAAAGGUGAGUCUCUCAACACUGAGACACACAAUCUGCAUGCAAACACACCCACCAACCAAGACGCAGAUAACCGCAGUACAUCUCAUAUCAACUCACACACACCUCCUCAAUCCAAGGUGUCCACUCUAAACACUGAGAGACCUUCACAAACUGUCACCACAAACAGUCCAGAGCCAGACUCCCUACCUGAAUCAAACGCCAACAAAGGAGAAGCACAAACUGAGACUUGUUUAAACACACAAAGUGCUGUUGUAGACAGGACUUACACCCAGGAGUCGGACAGUACACAAACCUCUCAACUUAGUAACCCAACUGACUCAAACUCAAAUGCAGAAGAACAAACACAAACAAAGCUAGGGCUGCCACAAACAGAUUCACACACACAAGCUGUUCACACGCCGCUUCAAAGCUCCUCUGAAAUUACUCCUAACAGGCAAAAUCCUGCCGCCCAUGGCCAUAUUUCUUCUUCCUCAGUUGCUGCUGUGCAUUCUCAGUCUGUCAGUUCCACCUCCGAAUCCGAAAAUAACUGCAUCCCCAUUACUACAGUGCACUCAAGCAUGGCUACCAAUCCCUGCACUCCUUUGCCCUCCAUCAGCUCCACUUCCUCUCUUCCUCCUCCUCUUACUUCUUCCUCUACAACUCUCCUUCCUUCUUCUUCUACAUCUUCUCCAAUCUUAACCCCUCCCAUCCCUAAACCUCGCACUGUCCAGCUGGUUAUCAAAGAUGGCAGCAAUGUCCUGGACCUGCCAAAGAUCAGUAUUGUUAAGAGACCUCAAAGCAUGGCAACAACGGGGCCGCAAGUAGCCCACAGUGAGCCUGCAGUAGAGACUGUGGUGCAGAUACCGGCAGAAAAAGAGUCUGUCCUUGAAAUGCUGGAAAAUGGUGGUAGCAAUACAGGAGAACAAAAAGAUAAUGAGAAUGCAGGAAAUCUCAGAGAAACUGAACAACAGAAACAGAGUGAAACUUCUCCAGAGACAAAGGUUGAGGAAGCAGUUGGAAUAAAUAAUGACAGAGCAGAAACCCAAAUGGUGGCUGCAACCAAACUACAAACCGAGUCAGAUGUUUUGAUUAUUGAUUCACCAACGGCAGAAUUUAUUUCAAGAGAAGUUGAGCCCAAUAUUUUGAUGUCAACAGACUGCAAUAUAACCCUAAAGAUGCCAGAGACAGACUGCCUAGCCACAGCUCAGACAGAAACCAAGGCCACAGCAAAACUGCUGACUGGCUGUGAGCUUGCUAAAGUGCCAAAUGAAGAAAGUGAAAACAUGACGCAGCACAAAAUAUACCUUGCUAGAGCAAAUGAACCUCAGAGAGUAUCAUAUUGUGAAUUGAAUCUACUGGAUGUGGGUGUAUCAGAGAUUAUGGACUUCAAAGCUCUGACCGACAGUCCUGUUCCCGCCACACAUAAGCCACAUGUAACCGAAGAGAGCACGGGUAACAGAUCUGCUGUAGACACAUACGAUCAACAAGGAAAUUCAAGUGUCACAUCAGAGCCUUUAGAUGGUACGCCAAAUACCAAAAAGAAUAACACACAAGACACCUCUCAAGCACCGCAACAAACAACCAAAGCACCGGAAAGCACACACACACCUGAGAAACCCCUGCGAUUACGCCUGUCCGACAUGUCUGUGCCAGACUUGCGUUCACAGGCACCUGAGAUAGAAUCACCCACUACUCUCGUACAUGCUCCAACUCCUGACGGAUUUCUGACAUGCAUGUCCACCUCAAGCUCACGAACAAACACUCCGGAUUUGCGACCCUACACUCCUGACUUUCGAACACCUACACCUGACGUGAGUGACGGGUAUUUCUCACCGAGGGAGGACUCCACUCCUUCCUCCACUUCAGAGGAGUAUUACGAAUGCAGUGACUCCCCGUUCCAUGACCACGAUGACAGCAUGAGAAAGCAGGAUGACAAGGGGAGUCUGGCAGAGAGGAGUUACAGGACAGAACAAGAUUUCCAAGUGAAACAGAGGAGAGGCAGUGUGGACGCUAAGAAAACAGCAGGCCAUUUAAUACAAGGUAAAGAUUUGACACAGACAGUAGAAAAAGAGAAGGAGGCUCAAUCCCAAGCCCCCAAGAGAAAGAGGGCACUGAACAAGUCUACAGCAGAGACACUUGUCGACAGAGGACUGACUGCAGGAGAAUCAACCCAUGGGGGAACAGAGCCAAAGCGAUUGUCCACAGGUGACCUUAAACUAGACAAAGUCUCCUUUGAGGGAGAGAAAUCUGACAAAGUGGCGCUUAGACCCAGCAGUGUGGAGAGGAGGGACAGACCCCGAUCAACCAGAGGGGCUGAGGGGCAGAAGGUACGAACAUCUUUGCAUAGUCUUGCCAAGCCUCCACGAGCAAAGGAGCAGCAGCAGGACAGUGGCGCAUCUUCCUCUCUGCGAUCAGGUCAGCUAUCCAGAUCCCAUUCAGCCCCCCAGUCUUUGGGACGUCGUCCUAAGGCAAGCCGACCGCUGAACCAGGCAGAAAGCAAGGCACUCCACAGUAAAGUCGUGGAUGAUACCUCAUCUCCUCACAGACCACCAUUCAAACCAGCCCCUCCACUAGCGGCUGCCCCUAAGCACGCUGAGGCCUCCCAGAGCCAGCAGAGCCCCCCAUCUCAACAGCAUCCAGCAGCGCAGGGCAAGAAGCAGAACCAACAUCCUCAGCCGAAACCCAGCGCGGCCUCUCUCCAAACACAAUCAAACAUGCAACAGCCUCUUCCCCAGAACCAGACAGUAUCAGCACAGGAAGCAAAUGGCCAGGAGGCAGGAAAGGGUCCAUUUGGCUUCAGCUUCAGCAGGCUGUACAGCUUAAAAGGCCUGAAGGACAAAAUGAGCAAGCUGCCAGCACCAAGCAAGAGAAGCAGCAGCAGCUCUCCAGCUAAGGGACGCAAGAGCAAAAGCUAGUUUGGUACCUUCGGCAAUCCUGGGAGCAAUCUCUAUGUUGCUUUAACUAGGAGUAGUUUGACAUCUGACUUUGCUUUCCCCCACCUUCUCGCAUGAAGAACGUCCUGCUCAUGGAGUUAGUGAAUUUCUGAACUUUAAACUUCUGUUUGACUUUUCGCUUUUGACCUGCCCCCAUCUUGUCUGAUGAAAGAUACACUUAAUGCUUUUUUCCACAUGGUCUUGUCCUGUAGGAAACUGCAUCAAACUUUGUGUUAUUGAUUAGGUUUUUUUUUUUUCUCAAAGUCUCUUUCUCUCCUCUCGUUUUUAGAGAUGGUUUUAAAAGAUUGGUAUUCAAACGGCUGCAUGUCAAACUGUUGAAAUUCUUUACACAUUCAGCAUCCAGCUGCUUGACUGGCUGAGUUUGGUCCUUUAAGGGGAUCGUGAUCUCUGAAGCCCUGGACAUCUGGAGUUGAACCAUAGCUUCCUCUCAUAAAUUAUAUAUUGGAACUCUGGCACCAAAAGUUGAAUGGUGUGAGUGGUUUUUCAGCCCCUAGACCUUGGUGGCCAGAAACUUUUGUAAAACUUGUAUAAACCCAAAGGUUUGUCUUUCACAGUAGGUGAUACUAAGUGUACAUAUACUGUAGAUCAUGCAAAAGUAUUGUUUCCUGGAUUAACUUGUAAUAUUUCUUUAGUGAGUUGUUUCAUUAAAUAAACCACUUCCUCUUGUUUUAACAGCUUUGGGAUUUACCUCAGUUCUCACUCUGCUGAAGUUUGUUUUAUCUUCAUUUGUCAUUUUAUUCAGAAAAAAAAAUACAUGCGGGAGUUCUUCUUUUCUCACAGUGUUGUAUAUCAAGGUGGCGCAAUGUGAAUGUCAAUUCAGCACAAUUAAUCAGUUCUGACUGCACAUUUGACUGAAAUAGGCACCAUUAAAUGCAUUUUUCAUGAUGGUAACUGAUCAAUGCUGGAAUGUUCCAGCUAUCUACUCUUUACUGCCAUCACUUUACAUUCAUAGAGUGGACAAAUAAAUGUUCAACUGUCUAGCCUCAUGAAAAGUAAACACAAGUAGAAAGAUAACCAUUUAUAUUGUGUUUAUAUGAGGGGAAUGGCAGUUUUCAUUUCACACUUGUAUUAUAAUAAACCAUGAUUUUCUUCCUCCGCGCAUCUGUAUAUUCAGAAAGUGUGUACGAUAUGAAAUGUGAAAGCAAAGCUGUUGUAAAAUUGAUUGGUUUUGGAUGUCUCAGACCUUCAUUUAGGCUAGUCUAUACUCUUCCACUGUUAUGCUGUACAUUGAAAGACUAACGGAG